GUUUCUCCCUUCACAGUACCUGUGCUUCUCCCGCUCUCAGCCAUUUCCACCAGCAGAAAGAAGGGGAAGAGAAGUGAACCAGAUAAAACAGCUGAAAAAAGCAGGUCGGCCAGAGUAAAAAAAAGGGGGUUCUACUUUACAUUUCAACAUUUGGCCCACAAAGGAAUUUCAACAUGCCUGAAGAGGGAGAAUAUUUUGGAAAGCAUGGCGAACCAAGGAAGUAUGACCCAAGUUUCAAAGGCCCAAUCCAGAACAGGGGCUGCACAGACAUUGCGUGCUGCAUCCUGUUCAUUGUUGCCAUACUGGGGUAUUUUGCAGUGGGAAUACUCGCCUGGUCCCAGGGUGACCCCAGGAAGGUGAUCUAUCCCACAGACAGUCGAGGGCAGUUCUGCGGGCAAGCUGGCACCCCACUUGAGAACAAGCCAUAUUUGUUCUACUUCAACAUCAUGAAAUGUGCCAGUCCCAUGGUGCUGCUGGAGUUUCAGUGUCCUACCACACAGAUGUGUGUGGAGAAGUGCCCAGAAAAAUUCAUGACAUUAGUCAAAGCCUAUGUCAACAGAAAUGACUUUGACUAUUACAGGAAAUACUGCAAGGAAGGGGUAACCAAUUCAAUGGGCGUACCGCAAAUCCUAAAGGAAGGUCUCUGUCCUGCCAUGCUGACCCCCAGCUUACCCUUCACCCGUAGAUGCUUUCCAGCUUUGGGCCAGAAAGGAGGGGUGGUAACUGUGGGAAACAUCACUCACUUUGAAGACGGAAUUGGAAACAUCAGAGAAGCUAAGGAUCUUGUGGACGGUGUCAAGAAUGCCACUGUUGUCAUUGAAGCUCGGCAGGUAGUCAUGAAAAUUUUUGAGGAUUAUACACAGUCCUGGUACUGGAUCCUGAUAGGCUUGGUUAUUGCUAUGCUCACCAGCCUGCUCUUCAUCGUCCUCCUGCGCUUCCUGGCUGGGAUCAUGGUCUGGAUCAUGAUUGCAUUGGUGAUACUGGUCAUAGGAUAUGGUAUCUUCCACUGCUACAUGGAGUAUGCAGCCCUGAAAGGAGAGCCAGGCGCUAAUGUAACUCUACAAGAACUGGGCUUCCAGACAGACUUCACAGUCUACCUUCAGAUCAGACAGACGUGGCUGGCCUUCAUGAUUAUCUUGGCCAUUGUGGAGGUGAUCAUCAUCCUACUACUUAUAUUCCUCAGGAAGAGGAUCCUCAUUGCCAUCGCACUUAUCAAAGAAGCCAGCAGAGCCAUUGGCCAUGUGAUGUGUUCACUUGUCUACCCACUCUUCACUUUCUUCCUCCUGGUCAUUGUGAUCGCCUACUGGGCAGUUACUGCUGUUUUCUUGUCUACCUCAAAUGAACCAGUCUACAAAGUUUUCAAUGAGACACUAUGUGAACACUCAAGAGCCACUUGUGAACCAGCGAACUAUUCUAUCAGUCCAAUGAAAGCUCAGUGUCCAGACUCCGAGUGCCUUUUUGCUUUCUAUGGUGGAGAGACCGUUUAUCACAAAUACCUGAUCGGACUGCAGUUCUACAAUGUGUUCCUCUUCUUCUGGUGCGCCAACUUUGUCACGGCUCUGGGGCAGAUGACCUUGGCUGGGGCCUUUGCCUCUUACUACUGGGCAUUUGUCAAACCAGAUGACAUGCCCGCCUUCCCAGUGUUCUCUGCCCUUGGGAGAUCUCUCAGGUAUCAUACAGGAACUCUGGCGUUCGGCUCCCUCAUCCUGUCAAUCAUUCAGAUCAUCAGAGUUCUGCUGGAGUAUCUGGACCACAAGCUUAAAGGAGCCCAAAAUAAAUUUGCCAAGUUCUUGUUGUGCUGUCUGAAGUGUUGUUUCUGGUGUUUGGAGAAAUUCAUCAAGUUCCUCAACAGAAACGCUUAUAUUAUGGUGGCGAUUUAUGGCAAAAACUUCUGCACCUCUGCCAGAGAUGCCUUCUUCCUCCUUCUGAGGAACAUGAUCAGGGUGGCCGUCUUGGACAAAGUGACAGAUUUCCUCUUGUUUUUGGGCAAACUGCUAAUUGUUGGGCUUGUGGGGGUCUUUGCCUUCUUCUUCUUCUCUGGGAGAGUGAGGGCCUUUGAGAACACGGCUCCCAGUCUCCACUACUACUGGGUACCCAUCCUGACUGUGGUGAUUGGUUCGUACCUCAUCGCCCAUGGAUUCUUCAGUGUGUACGCCAUGUGUGUGGACACUCUGUUCCUCUGUUUCUGUGAAGACCUGGAGCGCAAUGACGGCUCAGCUGCAAGGCCUUAUUUUAUGUCCUCAAGUCUCCAUGAGAUUCUGUGGAAGAACCAGGCGGAGGAUCAGCCUUCAUCUUCUGCUCAGCCACAGGAUGAUGAUGAUGAUGAAGACAUUCGGUCGAAACGGCAGCAGCAGGAGGAGGGCGCAGACUAACUAUGAUCACACAUUGUUCAGACUGUUUAUACCACGAUGGACAUGACAAAAAUCCAUAGGAGUUUAAGAUAUCAUAAAUUAUGGCUGUAAUGAGCUGAUACUUUAUUGCUCAUCAAGAACGUCUCCUCUGCACUUAAAUCCACUCACACUGAGACUGAUUGUAGUCUCAGCUACACAACACCACGCCUUAAUGUGGCAGAAAUUCCAAAUUUUAAGAGGACUUAAACACAUACACAAUUCCCUGAGGGUUACAGACUGUCUUUAUUCACAGCAAACUGGAGCAUAGUUUUUCUUCUACCUUGUAUCUGAUUCAACACAAGAAAACAUUGCAAAUUGAUGUUAUACAGUAGAUUUGUUUUGCUAAGUGAACAUUGACCAUGUUUCUAGCAACAAUGUGGGUCAUUGUUUGCAUGGUGAAGGCAGUAAGAUGUAGUUCUAGUGUCUGUAAUUGUUUGAUAGUGGUUUUGAUUAUGUUAAAACCUGCCCAGUUGAAUGUCUGGAAAUAAUCUGAAUGAGUACACUGUGGUAAACAGACAUGACACAGAGGUAACUCUGUUUUUGCCUUUUUAAUAGUUCUUCUCACUGCCACUGGCCAAUAGAAACUUGAAGCCGUUCAUGUGCCUAAUUUACAGUGUUAAUAUUGGUCCGUUUGCACUUUAAACUUUUGAGGGAAACCAGUUGUUAUAGUUUGUACAGUCAGAACCACAUGAUCAUGAAUGCUUCUUCAUUAAUAUCAAUGCACUUUAAGUUGUGUUCACGCUAAACUAUAACAGAUUUUUAUGUGUGGAUGAGUAAUUUCUUAAGGUUAUUUGCUUUGUUGUUUGUUAGGUCUCAGUAAAACAUUAUGAGAUUCAGACCCUUUGGAAAUUGUAUGUGCCAGUGUAAGUGCUUUAAUAAACAGUAUUUAAGACAUGUUUCAAUGACAAAAAACAGGACAAGGACUGGUGUUUUUUUUAAAAUGUUUUUAAUAUUAUAUUAAUAUUUCUAUAGGAAUUUUUUUCCUGCAAAAUUUUAAGAUGCCCGUUCGGCCAACUUGUGUGGUGCUAGCUGUAAAUGCUAACUCUGCUGUGAAGGCUGCAGAUUUCACAGCUGUACACAAACUG